AUGGGAGAAAAUUUUCCAUCAAUUAUGUUUAUUGGAGUUCUUACUUUAGCAUUGUGUGUUUUCCCUGGUUUUGUUCUAUCUCAGAAUGAAGGCACCAUCAGGCACUACAAAUUUAAUAUUCAAAUGAAAACUGUGACGCGACUAUGCCAUACAAAAAGUGUGGUGACGGUAAAUGGUAAAUUUCCUGGACCUCGUAUCACGGCUAUGGAAGGUGAUCGCCUUCUGAUUGAAGUCGUUAAUCAUGUCCCGAACAACAUCUCCAUCCAUUGGCACGGGAUUAGGCAGCUUCGUAGUGGAUGGUCAGAUGGACCAGCAUAUAUUACACAAUGUCCUAUCCAAACUGGACAAAGCUAUGUGUACAAUUUCACUGUUGUAGGCCAAAGAGGAACUCUUUGGUGGCAUGCACAUAUUUCAUGGCUAAGAUCAACUCUCUAUGGCCCUAUAAUCAUUCUUCCCAAACAAGGCACCCCUUAUCCAUUUGCUAAACCCUAUAAUGAAGUUCCCAUCAUCUUUGGAGAAUGGUUCAAUGCUGAUCCUGAGGCCAUAAUUAGCCAAGCCUUGCAAACAGGAGGUGGCCCCAAUGUUUCUGAUGCGUAUACCAUCAACGGACUGCCAGGGCCGUUGUAUAAUUGCUCGACCAAAGAUACUUUUAAACUGAAAGUGAAACCUGGAAAGACUUAUCUUUUUCGAUUAAUCAACGCUGCACUCAACGACGAGCUCUUUUUCAGCGUAGCAAACCAUACAUUCACAGUUGUUGAAACUGAUGCCAUUUAUGUGAAACCUUUUGAGACUGAAACACUUGUUAUUACCCCCGGCCAAACCACUAAUGUUCUUCUCAAGACUAAAUCCCACUUCCCGAAUGCCUCUUUCUUCAUGAUGGCUAGACCAUAUGUUACAGGCCAAGGCACAUUCGACAAUUCCACCGUUGCUGGCAUCCUUAAUUAUGUCAUUCCAUCAAACAUUCGCCAUUCGAAAAAACUUCCAUUAUUCACACCAUCCCUACCGGCCCUAAAUGACACUAAUUUUGUCACUAAUUUCACGAAUAAAUUACGCAGUUUAGCAACUCCUCAAUUCCCUGCCAAUGUUCCCAAGAAAGUCGAUAAACACUUCUUUUUCACAGUUGGCCUUGGAACGAGUCCGUGUGAUAAAAGAAAUCAAACCUGCCAAGGACCUAAUGGAACAAAAUUUUCUGCUUCUGUUAACAAUGUAUCUUUUGUACAACCAAACACAGCCCUCCUCCAAGCACACUAUUCUGGACAAUCAAACGGCCUCUAUAGCCCAUAUUUUCCUGUAAAUCCACUUCACUGGUUUAACUAUACAGGAACCCCUCCAAACAACACUAUGGUCAGCAAUGGAACCAAACUUAUGGUUCUUCCUUUCAAUACAAGUGUAGAACUAAUUAUGCAGGAUACAAGCAUUCUUGGUGCUGAGAGCCACCCUCUUCAUCUCCAUGGCUUCAAUUUCUUUGUUGUUGGACAAGGUUUCGGAAACUUUGAUCCGAACAAGGACCCAAAGAACUUCAACCUUGUCGAUCCCAUUGAAAGAAACACCAUGGGUGUGCCCUCUGGUGGAUGGGUUGCUAUCAGGUUUUUAGCAGACAAUCCAGGUGUGUGGUUCAUGCAUUGCCACCUAGAAGUUCACACAAGCUGGGGUUUGAAGAUGGCAUGGCUAGUUUUAGAUGGAAAACUUCCCAAUCAGAAGUUGCUUCCACCACCUGCAGAUCUUCCCAAAUGUUGA